AUGAAUAUGCUAAAGCGAGCUCUUCCCGAGGACGUUGGGGUUAGCCCCAGCAAGAUCGAGGCGUUUCUCGACGAUGCCGAGUCCAAGGGAAUAGAAUUACACUCCUUUAUGAUAUAUUGGCAGCAGAGUGUGAUCGCCGAGGGCUGGUGGUGGCCAUACCAACAGGAUAUCCCUCACAUGCUGCACUCUGCGACCAAAAGCUUCCUCGCCGUCGCUGUAGGGCUGGCCAUUCACGAAAACUACUUUGGCCUUCACGACAAAGUGGUCUCCUUCUUUCCAGACCAUGCCCUUCCCGAUGGCGAAUCUAGCAAAAGGGCCCAGAACAUGACCGUUGAGCACCUCCUGACGCAGACAAGUGGCCACGGUGUUGGGCAGUCCGGAGGAGAGUGGCGUAACAUCGAAGGGAGCUGGGUGGACAAGUUCUUCAGCACGCCGCUCGAUCAUGAACCCGGGUCGGAGUUCGUCUACUCCAGCGCCACCAGCUUCAUGCUCUCGGCUAUAAUCACCAAGACCACCGGUGUGCCAGUCCGAGACUUCCUCGAGCCGAGGCUGUUCCGCCCUCUGGGUAUAAAGAUGCUCAACUGGGAUGAUGGCCCAGGUGGAGUGAAUCCAGGCGGCAACGGAAUCAGUUGCCUUUCCGAAGACUUCCUCAAAUUAGGGAUUCUCCAUCUUCAAGAAGGCAUGUGGGAAGGCAAACAGAUCUUACCGAAGGAGUACGUCAAGGCCAGCACCACUCCUCAGCGAGAAAACCCAUACGGGUACCACUGGUGGACACUCCCUGACGGUGCGUAUCAAGCUCGGGGCAUGUUUGGGCAGUACGUGACAGUGUUGCCAAAACAUGACGCCGUUGUAAUGGUUACUGGAGGUGUGCCACAAGGCGCUAUCGCGUUGAAGGAACUUAUUUCCCAGCAUUUCCCGUCAAUGUUUCUAUCCUCAGACGGACCCGCGAGCGAAGGAACCUCACCCCGCCCGCUGCCGACUCGUUUACGCCACUUACAUCUUAUGGCUCCUCUUGAGACUCCGCCCAAAUCUUCUUACUUGGAGAACAUCGUCUCGAAGGAACGGUUUGCAGCAAAAAGACCCAAUGAUGAUGGUGUUAUCUCGUUCACUCUUGACUUUUCGAACACCACGUGCUUCUGCAUAUUCCAUCUACAUGACCAUCGAGGGUUCCACCAGGUUGAACUUGGCUUCCAUAGCUGGCGGGGGGGCAAAACGAGCCUGUCAGGCGCAAAAUUGCACCACGGCUACGAGUUUGCCCAGUCGAGCGUCGUCUCCAGAGGUCUGUGGACGUCGGAGGACACGUUUGAGAUGACACUCCAGUUCAACGAGACUGCCUUCCGCGAUGUCAUUACAGUGACAUUCUUGAACGGUGGAAGCGUCGCCAAGCUGGACCGACGUGUCAAUGUCAAUUCCUUUGGUAGGCAAAGGCCAACAAUAUGGUGCAGCACCCUCGUCAAAGGUGACGAGCUGCUUCCCUCGAGUGGGCUUGGAUCUGGUCACAAAAUCACUUACUCCAUCGCCUCGAGCACGGUUGGUGAACUCCUUGAUAACCCGGAGACACGAGCUAUUUUGGAACAGGAAGUCCCAGAACAACUUCUUGCAGAUCCGAGGCUGGAAAAAGCUCGUAUGUACACCUUUGAGAUGGUCGGGCCGAGGGUAAAGGGGAUGGGAGAAGAUAUUUUGGCUAAGAUCGAUGCCAGGUUGGCAGCUCUCUAA